AUGAGUGGGUUUCUUCUCCUGGGGUUUUCUGCAAAACCUGAACUAGAAAUCUUCUAUGCUUCACUGUUCCUCGUUCUGUACUUGUUGGCUUUAUCUAGCAACAUGCUCAUCAUCACCACCACGUCCCUGGAUGACAGUCUCCAGUCCCCCAUGUAUUUCUUCCUGAAGCAUCUCUCCUUUCUGGAUCUCUGCUAUAUUUCCGUGACUGUGCCGAGAUUCAUUUACAACUCUUUCAUGCACAGUGGGAAUAUUUCCCUCUGGGAAUGCAUCGUGCAGUGCUUUGUGUUCACCCUCUGUGCUGUUGCCGAGAUGGCCAUGCUCACGGUGAUGUCCUAUGACCGCUAUGUGGCCAUCUGUCUUCCCCUGCACUAUGAUGUCAUCAUGAAUGUCAGAACCUGUGUCCAAGGAGUUGCCGGAGUCUGGGUCAGUGGGACCAUCUCUGGAGUCAUGCAUGUGGCAGCUACAUUCUCCAUCCACUUCUGUGGUCCUCGUGUUAUUCACCAGUUCUUCUGUGACAUCCCCCAGCUCCUGAAACUCUCCUGCUCCAAUGAGUAUCUGGGUGAGGUUGGUGUCAUUGCCUUCCUGGCUGUGCCGGCAUUUCUUUGUGUCAUCUUUAUUGGGUUCUCCUAUGUGCACAUAUUUUCUUUUGUUCUGAGGAUGCCAUCUGCUGAGGGCAGAGCCAAGGCCUUUUCCACUUGCCUCCCCCACCUUGUUGUUGUCUUAUUAUUUAUUUCUACUAGUGUUUUUGAAUAUUUGAAACCUCAUUCUGACUCUCCAACUGCUUCAGACUUUGCUCUUACUAUUCUUUACACAGUUGUCCCCCCAACAUUCAAUCCAAUAAUCUAUAGUCUGCGAAAUAAAGCUAUCAAAAGACUUUUGAAAAAGUGUUCAUCAUCUACUGACUAUGUCCAGAGGUAUUUCUGCCAGCAUCCGCUGCAUUUUGAGAUUGGCUUGUGUGCCUCUGGGAUCAUGGCCGUUCAGGAGCGGAGGAGCCAAUCUUGGGCAGCCACUGGGGGAGUCUCAUCUGAGCAGGGAGCAGGACCGGUUCCAUCCCAGCCCCCACUCCCAUCCACUUGCCCCAUCACUGUAAGCUCCUACCUCUCUGUCCAAUUGGCUCUGAAAGGUGGCAAUCAUCAUGCUGCUGCAACGGUAAUCACAGUUGCCCAGAGUCCAAGGUUAGUUUUGCUGUUUGGUUCUUGUCUCUACCUAAGAGGAAAACCAACUGGUAAUUUUCUUUCAGUCCAAGGAAAAGUAUUGAGUGAGAAGCAAAAUCAUCGGGAGCUUCUGCCCUUUGGCAUGACAGAUAUAGAAACCUGCCCGAAUAGCCGCCGUGUGGCUGUAGUGAUGUGUAACCAGGAAGGUUGA